CACCUCAAGAAUUCGAGAGCGCCAGUAACCCUAACCCCCCCAAUUGCUCCCUCCGACGAGUCGACGCCUGUCGCCGGAGAUCUCUCCUUAUCCCCGAAUCCGGAUCGGUUCCUCCCGGUGCUCCGCCAUUCGCCGCUGCGGAACCCUAGGUCCCUCGCUAUCGGCCGUUGAACGAGCGGGAGGCCCCCCUGCCCCCGGUCGAUGACGCCGGAGAAGGAGAUGACGGCUUCGCCGACGAGCUCUCGGUCGGUGACGGAGACCGUGAACGGAUCCCACAAGUUCGUGAUCCAGGGGUACUCGCUCGCCAAGGGCAUGGGGGUCGGCAAGCACAUCGCCAGCGACACCUUCACCAUCGGAGGGUACCAGUGGGCGAUCUACUUCUACCCCGACGGGAAGAACGUCGAGGACAACUCCACCUACGUGUCCGUGUUCAUCGCUCUCGCCAGCGACGGGACCGACGUGAGGGCGCUCUUCGAGCUGACGCUCGUGGAUCAGAGCGGCAAGGGGAAACACAAGAUCCACAGCCACUUCGACCGGUCGCUCGAGAGCGGGCCGUACACCCUCAAGUACCGCGGGAGCAUGUGGGGUUAUAAACGCUUCUUUAGACGAUCUGCACUUGAAACAUCAGAUUACCUCAAGGAUGACUGCUUGAAGAUCAAUUGUACCGUCGGAGUUGUUGUGUCUGUGAUGGAUUCACCUGGACUGCACUCUGUACAUGUUCCAGAAUCUGAUAUCGGAAUGCAUUUUGGUUCACUUCUGGAUAAACAAGAAGGUUCAGAUGUUGUUUUUGAUGUUUCUGGAGAAAAAAUUCAUGCUCAUAAGCUGGUGCUGGCUGCUCGAUCCCCAAUAUUUCAUUCUUUGUUUUUUGAUGGAUUAGAUGAUGAAAGGAAUGAGAUUACUGUUACAGAUAUGGUACCGAAGGUUUUCAAGGCAAUGCUACAUUUUAUCUACAGAGACACUCUUGUAGAAGAUGACAUACUUGUUACUUCCUACCUUCCUGAAUCUUCUGUGUCGGACACACUGGUAGCAAAAUUGUUAGCUGCAGCUGACAAGUAUUGCUUGGAAAGGCUUCGACUUCUGUGUGAGGCUCAUCUGUGCAGGGAAAUAUCUGUGAAUUCGGUUGCCAGCACACUUGCGUUGGCUGAUCAAUAUCAUGCCAUGGAACUUAAAGCUUCUUGUCUUAAAUUUGCUGCAGAAAAUCUUGCAGCUGUGAUGCGCUCAAGUGGAUUUGAGCAGCUCAAGGACAAUUCUCCAGCCCUGCAGUCAGAACUUCUAACAACAAUUGCUGGUUGUGAGGAGGAAUACAAGAAAAGCCGGAGCGACUGGGGUCAGCUUUCGGAUGGCGAAGAUUCUAGCGGCCGUAGGAUAAGGCCUCGGACUGAUACGGACACAAAUUACUGAUUCGUGCAAUGACAGUAGUGUAUGUCUAGGAAACAAAACCAGAGAAACCAGCAGGUGUAUCUUAACUAGAUGUUCAUUGGUAAUUAGUAUUAGUGGCAUGAAUUCUAGGUUUGUUGUAGGCAUGAAACUUGCAAAACAUGCUUAUCGUCUGACAAGAUGCAACAUAUCCAAGAAACUUUUUUUAGCAUACAAGCCCAGCGUGGUGAAUGCUAUGUAUGAUGUAUUAAACCCUCUGUUCUUCAUAUGCUUUCUCUUCUUGCAGAGAGAAAUCUUUCGGAGUAUAUUGAUUUUUAUUUAUUUUUA